UGUCAUUCCAUUCUCGCUGCAAGCCUACGUGGGAGUUACCAUCUCCCCAUUUUACUGAGGAGGAAAGUGACAGGCUGGUAAAGUCACCUGCCAAAUAAGGGGCCUGGUUUCGACUGGGCGGGAGAAGUGCCUACAGGCGCUUGCACAAGGGCGCGGAGGCCGCAGCCCAGCUGCUCCUCCUGGCCUUGCCUCCCCGCGGAGCUCCCACCUUUGCAGGUCCUAGCCCCGCGCACCGCCCGCUCGAAACUACACUUCCCGGCAGGACGCGGGAGCGCGCACGCGCACCGGGGCCUCCGCCAUGGCGACCGUGCUGUCCAGGGCGCUCAAGCUCCCGGGGAAGAAGAGCCCAGACCUAGGGGAGUACGACCCCCUCACACAGGCUGACAGUGACGAGAGCGAAGAUGAUCUUGUGCUUGACUUGCAGCAGAAGAAUGGAGGGGUCAAAAAUGGGAAGAGUCCUCUGGGAGAAGCGCCAGAGCCUGACUCAGAUGCCGAGGUUGCGGGGGCUGCAAAGCCACAUCUUUCAGAGGUCACCUCAGAGGGUUACCCCUCGGAACCCCUCGGAGGCCUGGAGCAGAAGGCCACCUCUUCCAUUGUGUCGUAUGUGCGCACAUCUGUCUUUCUGCUAACUUUGCUGAUCUCAAUGAUCCUGGUGCUUGUAUGUGCUUUCCUGAUCCCCUGUCCCCCCAGAGAUCUGCACAGCACUUGGAGCCGCCACUUGGGCCCCCAAGGAGAUGGAGACCUGUCCCCAUUGGAAUUGGCUGAUGUGAAUGAAGAUGGCCUGCGUGAUGUACUUCUCUCCUUUGUAACUUCAAGGAAUGCGAGUGCAAUUGGUGUCUCGAGGCCAGCUUCUAUUCUCGUGUGCCUUUCCGGGAUGAAUGGCAGCACACUCUGGUCUAGUCCCCUUCCCGAGGAGGCUCGAGAUAUUACAUGUUUGGAUCUGCUGCCAGGAAGCGUGGCUGAAACCAUCUGCCUUGUGACAGGGACACACAAGAUGCUCAGUGCAUUCAAUGCGACAUCAGGGAAAGCCAUUUGGACUUUAAAUCCAAACUACUUAUCCAAUGGUACCCUGGCUGCCCCAGCGGUGGUGCUGCCUGACGUAGAUGAAGAUGGCGUUAGAGAUCUUGUGGUUCUGGCCAUUGGAGAAUUGCAGCCAGAUCUGUGCUUCCUGCUGGUGUCUGGCCGGACAGGGAAUCCAGUGGGCCGACCUGUGAAGUACAACAUCAUGGGAGUGGGGAAUCUGAUUGGUCCUCAGGUUUACAUCACCGCAAGCGGGGCUGUCUACAUCCUAUUUGGCUUUGGAAAUAUCCAGGCUGUCGCCCUGCGAGACAUUUUUGUUCAGGCCCAAAAUCGAGACAGCUCACCACCUUCUCUGCAGAUAGAAGAGCCAGAAUGGGAAAAGCGAAGAUCCAUCAACCUGUCUGAACUCAUUGACAUUUACAGUGAUGGUGUUGAACUACUCCAGAUGGUGAAGGCAGCGGAUUCCAACUGCAGCAACCUCCUGAUUACAACUAGACAAGGCCUAGUCCUGCUUCGGGGGCAAAAUCUCACACCUUGCUGGACACUGAGCCUUCAAGGCUUACACAGUCAGCCUACUCCUGGGUAUUUCACUGAUGAUCAGACGUUAGACUUCCUUCUACAGAUACAGGAUGGAGUUGGGAUGAAAAAGAUCAUGGUGGUGGAUGGGGACUCUGGCUCUGUUAUUUGGAGUUACAGUGCUCCAUGUCACAUGAAAGAAACACCAACCACCUCAGCAGUUACUUCAGACCAGAAGUCUGUCUUCCUCUUCUGGGCUGAAGAGCUGCCAGCUGCAUCUCCCAAUUCUGAUGCCAUCCUAGGAACUGAGCCAUUCAGCCUUCACCACCUUUACCUCCUGCAUCCAACAUUCCCUUCGAUUCUUCUGGAUCUGGCCAACGCCACGGGCACAGUGACGGCUUCAGAGGUUGGAAUUAAUGACCUCUGGAAAGACGCCUUUUAUGUUACCAGAACAAUGGAGCCAAGCUCCGAAGGCCAUCCGGCACCCCUGGUGGUCAGCAAGCUUAGUCUGCGGUGGGCACUGAUGGAGGGCCAAAUGGUCCAGCUAAAGGAGACCACCCCCAAAAUCGGCCGGGGGGAACUGCGAAGAUUCCUCUCUAGGAUAAAGUUUGUUGAUUCUCCCUUGCAGGUCGUCUGAUGGAAUCUUUGGUCUCAGAAGUGAACAGAAUGACUGCGUGUCUCUCCUGCCAGUGUAAAUUCAGUUCUUUGGAGAGAAGGGAGACGUCGUCAUCCUCAUCUCACCACUGCUGCGUGGUGGUCGCAAAGCCCUGUGGAAGGCGUGCUGCAGUUCUUUGGGCACGGCACGCACCACGUGGCUGGGGUAUUUUACCUACCUUUUCAAUCCCUGCAGUAACCCCCUCUAAGCACUCUGUGUGGAUAAUUUGGAAAUGUGAAUCUUGUAAGUGUUUUAUUUUUUGUAUGUCUAAUUUAUAAACUCUUGCUGGGAAAUUUCAGUGAAGUUCUCCACUGGAACAUUUAAUUUUGUGUUAAGCCCUGUGUAUAUUUUUUAGCAUUGCGAUGGAAUAUUUUCUAGAUAUUUCUUAAGCUCCAGGGACCCAGUUUCUUGUUCUUCUGAAAUACAUUUGGUUCGUUUGAUCAUCUCGAGGCUUCCGGAUGGCCUGCCUCUAAUUUUGAGGGUCACUCAUCAUUUUUCUACUUAUUCUCUCCCCACGUGUUCCUUAGCUUCUUCUCAGCCUUCGCAGCAGUGAGAAAGACCGGAGCUGGGAGACCGAGACCACCAUCCAAGCAUUUUCAUCUCUUCCCUGCCUGAUGUGUCCUGUUCUCUCACACUUUCUAUUUCUAUAUAUUUAGUGACCAUAAGAAUAAUGAUAUUCCUCUCAGAAGGGGAGCAAGAAAAAUAUAGCUUCAGUGACCUACCUCUGACGAGGUCCAUAUGUUACAUACGUCUUCAGUCGUCCUGCCAGCCAUCUUUUUUACUGCAGUAACUCCAGAAGUGCUCAUGUGUACACUGUCCUCAGCUUAGAGAAAAACCAGAAGUCGGGAACGACCGAGGCAGAUAUGCUUAUCUCUGCUUCAUCUCUGCUCUGCUCUCUUAGCAUCUUCUACUGGGCAUCCUCCCAUUGUUCUCUUUUGCUCUCUUCUAUUCAGGGAUAUUUUACUUUGCUUGACGAGAGCAAAGCUGUUUCUGGACUUCUGCUCCACAGGUCCAGUGUGCAGCCAUUUUGCCCUGCACGUCUCCUUCCUUGUAGAGCCUUUGAAGCAUUGCAUUGAAGAAAAAUUCUCAUGUAAAUACUAUAACUUUUAUAAUUGGUUAAGUUCUUUAGAAUUUUCUCCUACGAUUCUCCCUUCUAUAUAAAUAUAUUACUUCUAUUAUGUUCUCUUCUACUAAACUUCUAGGUCAUUGUUUAGCUGAAAAUCCCUCGUUAGCUGGUAGAGAACUGCUUUCCUUCUUGAAUAAUUCUGAUAGUUCAUCCCCAAAUGCAACUCAGGUUCUCUUUUUACUUGAGCCUGUAUCUUUUUAGCUUGUGUUAAUAAAGGGAUUCCAGAAAAUUUAGAGAUUACAGAAAAUUACAGAUCCCAAAUUACAGGGAUGUGUGUGAACUGCCUCAGCGGCAAGAUUAUGCCCUCGUGGAAGUGUGGUAGCGGUAGCUCCACGCGGGCACGCUGCCUGGCCUGCAGACUGGCCUUCCCAGCUGUCCGGGCACCCCCUGCCUUAAGCCCCUCAGAGCACAUUUGGUUCCAACACUUUGGAAGGCGUGCGUGGGCCAAGCUUAUUGUAAACUUGGGGAAAACAGUUACAGGAUAUCUGAGAACAUGGGGAUAAUUCCAGAUUCACUUCUAAGGUUUGAAGAGCCUAGAAUCUAGUUUGGACUAGUGGAGAGUUCUGAGGACUAAUUUAUAAUUGACUGAAUACCUAAAACCGGGGUCGUGGUCUUGCAGCCUGGGCCGAGCCAUCUAGACCUAAACCUGGUUCUCGACCGUGUUGGGGCUUUCUCGGAAGGUAGCCACGUUAGGCAGGAAUAAAGUGCAAAUUUGUUUUCUGAGGAUCUGAUUUGAAGGGAUUGUUUUGGACAGAAGACUGUUUGUGCUGGGUGAGUCCCAGAAAUACAUAAGCGGAAGCUAGAAAAACAUAAUGUCCCUAAAUUCUUCAUGGUGUGUUUGCAGAGUAACUUAACAUAGAUUGUUUUGACUGUGAUAAGUUUGAAUCCCUUUGCUAAUCACAGUAGAGGCGUUAGGCUUCUUCUCCCUCUUGCAGCCAGUGCAGAGGGUGUAAAAGGUGGCUGAAGACUGAGGAAGCUUCGUCUGACUAGUGUGGAUGCUGGUUUCUUGUCCAGUGUUUCCUUGUACUUUCUUUUCCUUGCAGGCAUCCACCCACGCAGAUAGCUGAGAUAGGAAGUAUGCUGCUUUCUUUCCCCAUUCUUGGCAUGAGGUUUCCAGCAAAGGCAAUAUGACAACUACCUAGACAUAGUAAUGAUAGCAGACUAGCGAAUGCAGAGGUCUUCCUCUUCCCAGUCUCUCUCUCCUUCCCUUACAAAUCGUUGCCCCCCACCCCCAUCCUAGACCACAUCCUCCCCCAUCCCCCAGAUGGCUUCUAUUCACUCUUCUCGUGUGGUAUGGUGAUACCAAGCCCUUCAAUGUGAAUUGCUGUCCUUAUUGCCCAUAUUUAAGAAGAGCCAGCUGGUAUAUUGUCAGGAAGUACUAUUUAAAAUGUGAAUUGUUACAGAACAAAUAAAUACUAUGUAUAGGAACGCA